AUGGAUACCUUCAAGGAUUGCGUUCACUACUUUAAAGACCCGGAACUGGUCGCCCGUUUUCAAAGGUAUUUUGGAGUGAUGCGGUACGAUUCGUCGGACAACGGUGUCACCGUUCCGUCGCUGGACAAUGAGUCCAAGACCAGGAAUGGUAAUGCAGUGCGCAAGUUAAAUGACGUCGAUCAUGCCAUCACCAACAAGUUUUGGUAUUACUUGUUUUUGUUCGGAACAUACCUCGGUGAUGAAAUUGGAUACGCCGUCAUCAUACCGUUCUUGAUAUGGAACAUUGACUCGGCUGUAGCUAGGAAAAUGGUCCUCGUCUGGGCGGCUGUUAUGUACAUUGGCCAGUCCAUUAAAGACAUUGUACAGUGGCCAAGACCAGAAUGUCCUCCGGUCAUUAGACUGCAAACUAAAUGGUCUAUUGAAUAUGGAAUGCCUUCGACCCAUGCUAUGAUUAGUAUUGCAUUACCAUUUUCUGUUUUAUAUUACAUUUCAAAUCGAUAUCAAAUUGACUUCAGCAUUGGUAUUGUGGUAGUAUUUCUAUGGUGCAUGUUAAUUUCGCUUAGUCGUUUGUAUUUGGGCAUGCACACAGUAUUGGAUGUGAUUGCUGGCCUGCUAUUAGCUACUAUUUUGUUGAUUCCAUUUGUACCAUUGGCUGAUGUGGUAGACCGUUAUCUUAUGUAUAAUGAAUGGACACCAUUGAUAUUUAUUGUUGUUACUGUGAGCUUAAUAUUCAUUUACCCAACUAGUGAUCAGUGGACGCCUACCAAGGGUGAUACAACUCUAAUUCUAGGAACUUGUGCAGGUAUACUGACUGGAGGUUGGUUAAUAGUCACAUUAGAUAUACAAGAUGAUUAUCGUGUUAUGAACCCAAUGAAUAAUCCAAUCAGUUGGCCUUCAAUUAAUGACUUAGGUUUGAUUGUGAUGAGAAGUGGUUUGGGCUAUUGCUGCAUAGUCUUGUUAUUCUUAAUUAUUAAGUACAUUCUGUGUGUUGUAGAUAAAAUUUUAAUUAAAUGUGGUAUGAAAAUAAUUGACGAUGAACUGAAUAGGCAUAUUCCUCUAUUAGAUAUUACUUACAAGUAUUUGACAUUUUACUUGGUAUCCUUCAAUAUAAUAGUUUUGAUACCAAUCUUGCAAAACUUGCUAUCUAUUAGAAGACAGUCAUUUUGCCAUGAAGCCAAGUAGUCAAUUCAAAUUGUUAAUUUAAUUUAAUAUUAUGGCCUGUUACCACCUGAUACAUGUAAAUUACAUGCAUGUAUACUUUAAUAUGUGUCCUGUAAUGAUACUUAAGUUCUAAGUUCAAUAAUAUUAUUAUAUAUAUUAUUAAGAAAUAUCUCAUUUUGAACAAAAUAUUUGUCAACAGUCAUUCUAAGAAUAUUAUGAGUACAUUAUUAUAUACAAUUUCCAUGUUUAAUUUAAUUGUUAUUAUAAAAUGAAUGCUAUAA